AUGCGGAGGAGCGGCCGUCCGGCCCGCCCGGCCCCCGCCGCCCCUGCCGCGGCCGCCGCCUCCGUGCUGGCCGCCAUGGGACCCACUGACCUCCCAGCCCUGACUCUGCCCACCUCACGGACCACAGAUGAGUUGGACAUUAUUGAUGAAUACAUCAAAGAAAAUGGCUUUCGUCUGGAGCGGGCCUCUUCUGGGGAGGGAGGCCUCCGGCUGGUUCCUCGGGGCCCCGCCUCCUUGAGCACUGUGACCCUGGGGUGCCCACCCCCCCCACCCCCGCUCCCAACAGCCUGGCCAGGUCCGAGGCCCCACCUGGUCAUCACAGAACAGCCCAAACAGCGGGGGAUGCGCUUUCGCUAUGAGUGUGAAGGCCGCUCAGCUGGCAGCAUCCUUGGAGAAAGUAGCACAGAGGCCAGCAAGACCCUACCGGCCAUCGAGCUCCGGGACUGCGGGGGCAUCCGGGAGGUAGAGGUCACAGCCUGCCUGGUGUGGAAGGACUGGCCCCACCGUGUUCACCCCCACGGCCUGGUGGGCAAGGACUGUGCUGAUGGCGUCUGCCGGGUCCGGCUGCGGCCUCACAUCAGCCCCCGACACAGCUUCAACAAUUUAGGGAUUCAGUGUGUCCGCAAGCGGGAGAUUGAAGCUGCCAUUGAAAGGAAGAUUCAGCUCGGAAUCGACCCGUACAAUGCUGGUUCCCUUAAGAACCACCAGGAAGUGGACAUGAACGUUGUGAGGAUCUGCUUCCUGGCCUCUUACCGGGAUGCCCAGGGCCAGCUCAGGAGGCUGGAGCCGGUGCUCUCCGACCCUGUUUAUGACAAGAAGUCAACAAACACGUCAGAGCUGAGAAUCUGCCGAAUCAACAAGGAGAGUGGUCCCUGUACAGGAGGAGAGGAAUUGUACCUUCUGUGUGACAAGGUGCAGAAAGAGGACAUCUCUGUGGUGUUCAGCACAGCUUCCUGGGAAGGCCGGGCCGACUUCUCCCAGGCCGACGUGCACAGGCAGAUCGCCAUAGUGUUCAAGACUCCGCCGUAUGAGGACUUGUCUAUCCCUGAGCCAGUCACAGUCAACGUAUUCUUACAGCGACUUACAGAUGGCGUGUGCAGUGAGCCCCUGCCCUUCACAUAUCUGCCCCUUGACCAUGACAGCUAUGGUGUGGACAAGAAGAGAAAGCGAGGGAUGCCAGAUGUCCUGGGGGAGCUGAGCAGCUCAGACCCCCAUGGCAUUGAGAGCAAACGUCGAAAAAAGAAGCUGGGCUAUUUGGACCAUUUCAGCCCCACGUCUAGUGCCGCUCUCCCUUUCCUCCCACCAGCCUCUCUGAUGCCUGAGCCAGAUUUCUUGCCACCUGUGACGCUGCCUGGCCUGGAGCCCCCCGGUGGGCCUGAUCCCCUGGAUGACUAUGGCUUUCCCUACGAGCAAUCUCCACACCUCCUCACCAUGUUGGACCUGUUCUCUGGGCCUGGUGUGGGGGGCAACACUGAUGGUGCCCCCCCAGAACCUCACAGCCCAGAGCUGCUAACCCUGGACUCGUACCCUGCCUCAGGCUACGAGGGAACCGCAAGCCUGGUGGGCAGCAAUAUGUUUCCCAACCAGUACCGGGAAGGGGCUUUUGGGGGUAGUGGCCUCCUGCCCCCAGGCCCUGAGGCCACAUAGCACUCAGGACUGGGGUGUUGAAGGAGCUCCCAGCUCUCCCUCGGGGAGUGAAGGCUCCUCCUUUUCUCCCACACUCUGCAGAUGGUAGGGCUCAUGUGCCCCAUGUUGUCUUGGUGGAGACCUCAGGGGAGUCCAGAGCUCUGGAAAUGAGGCUGCCCUAAAACAGAUGUUGUCCCCAGCAACAGCCCUAAACAAUCUUAUCCCAGCUCCCACCUGGAUUGAACUGUGGUUCCUUACCUCUUCUAAGUCACUCUGGUGGAGAAGCUGCCAAGCAGGCAUGUCAUCUCCAGAAGGUCUAACCUGCACAGGAAUCUGAUUGGGUGGCACUCUUUACUAGCACAGGCUACCAAGCCCUCUCCCCUUGGCCUAGAGUAAUAGCCCAUCUGCCCCACCUUAGCCAUGUCAUCUGUAAACUGGAGGGAGCUUUUCCUCCUAGAUCCAGGAUUAUCACCCUCCCAGGACAGGCAUUUGAGCCUUCUCCCAUUGCCCUGUCAAGUCAACUCAGCAUUUAAGUGCCUAUGUAUGUAAGGCAUUGUGUGGCCUACUGGGAAAACCUACCCCACACCCCGGGCCACCCAGCCUGAUCCCAUUAUGGACAAUGCAAGCCCUCUGCCUGUUGGCCCAGGCUUAUUGAUUCUAAGUAAAUGUCUGCUUGUGCCCAGACUGCCAGGCCUCCUUUUCUGGGCCCUUUCUGAGGGAGUACAGCCCUGUCUUCAACUCACUGGCGUAGGUAGAAAGAGCCCGGGCACCUCCUCCCCCUGUCCCCACUCAUACACCUAGGGGAGGUGCAGGAGGUCUGGAGAGAGGGAGCAGAGCUGGACUUUAUGAGUGGGGUCUGAACCCCUUGCCUCCCUUUCCCUUCCCAAUAAAGAUGUGUGAAUGUC